UGUAUAAUCUGAUUUGUGAUGAAGUUUGGACGUUCUUGAGUUUUCCUGUUUAUUUUAUAUCAUUUAUUACAUUGCAUUUUGACAAAAAUCUCUAUCUUUUAAUGAUGGAAACCACAAGCUAAUAUCUUAAACGUUAUAAUCAAUUAAAUUAACAAUGAUGCUUACUUAAGGGAGUAAACAAAAUCCUAUUCCAUAGGAAAAUGAAAAAUCCGAGCAACCUCGAUAACACUAAAGUACUCAGUAGCACUCAAAAUAUUCUUCCAAUGGCAUCAUCUUGGUUCGGUCAUGUUAGGAUCUACAAAAUUAUUUUGAUUUCCUUAGUGUUUUUAUUGGUUUUAACAUUGUUUGUUCACAGAAAUUUAAGAUAUCCCGAGAAUGAUAUUCCAUCAAACAUGGUUCAUAGAUCGCGAUCGCAACUCGAUGCGUAUGAAGAUUUCAGUAGCAUGCGAGCAAGUGAUUUAAAAAUCAGAAUAGAGGAAAUGCUUAGAAUAAAGAAUACUGUAUCAAUUGAGCUUAGGGAACUUGAAUCCCGACGCCAAAAACUUCAAUCUGAUAUUGGUAAGUACAAUCAAAAAAUCGAAGACCUAAAGCAGGAGCUGCUUCGGGAACAGACGGAGUUAGAGCGACUUAAAAUCUCGGUUGAGCAAGCUCAAGUCGCUCAACGAGAAGCUGUUCAACGAAAUACCCCUGAUUUGGCCUUACCCAAAGCCAUAUAUCCAAAUUCAUAUUCGAAAAUAAGCAGCCCUUUGCCAAGGCAUGCUGUUGCCAGCUGUGAAAUGCACAAUUGCUUCGAUCACUCGCGGUGUAGCCUGACUUCGGGAUUUCCGGUCUAUCUUUAUGACCCCGAUAAGUACAGCGUACUUAACGCUGGCUAUGAUAUUGAUGGUUUCCUAAAAACAACAAUAAAACAAACACUUGGGUAUAAUGCACACAUUGUAAGGGAUCCGAAGAUUGCCUGUAUUUAUUUGGUCCUUGUCGGAGAGGCAAUGUUCGAAAAUGAUGUGGUUAAAAGCAAUCGGUAUCCAGCAAAAGACUCAGCGGAACAGAAUUCCAUCAAAAAACAGUAUCCUUUAGACAUGGCUAAAUUAUAUAAACUUCCAUUCUGGGGAGGCGAUGGAAAAAAUCAUGUUCUUUUAAAUCUCGCACGCCGGGACUUAAAUUCGUUUGGAUCAAACAUUAACGAACAGAAUACAAUGAAAGCUAUUGUUGUUCAAUCAUCAUUCGACCGCCACAGAUUCCGAAGAAGUUAUGAUUUAGUUGUUCCUCCUGUUCUUGGGCCACCAGGAGGAGAUGUUUGGCAGGAAUGUGCGGUUAUGGUUCCAGCCCGUCGGCUCUAUUUAUUAACUUUUCAAGGCGAAAUGCGUCCUGCUUUAAAAAAUCCUGUUGAGAAUUCAUUAGACGAAUUUAUUUUAGAAUAUUUGAAUGACAUGUCUCAAGGAUCAACGCAAGAUAAGUUUUUAAUUCAGUUUGAAUGCAUACCUGCAACUGAACAGCAUGAACAAUAUUCACAAAGCGAUUGGGUCCUAUGCGGAACGGAUUCUUCACGAAAAAAUGUAUUAAAGGAUUCUACAUUUGCUCUUAUAUUGCCACCUCCGGGUGGAAAUCGGCUAAGCUCAACACUAAUGCUGGCAAGAUUGUAUGAAAGCUUACGCUCUGGGGCGAUUCCUGUUAUAUUGGGGGCUGACGAAGUUCGUCUGCCAUAUGAGGAUACAGUUGAUUGGAAGAGAAUUUCUUUAAUGAUGCCAAAAGCUCGAAUUACGGAGUUACAUUUCUUGUUGAGAGCCGUGCAAGAUGCAGAUUUACUAAUGAUGCGUCGUCAAGGUCGAUUAAUAUGGGAACGAUAUCUAAGUUCUGUUCAAGCAACAGUAGAUACAGUAAUUGCGAGCUUACGAGAUCGGCUUGGAAUACCACCUAGACCUGUUCCAGCGAUUAUAGCACAAUCCGUAUUCAACAAUACUUUUAUUCCACUGAAAUCAGAUCCUCCUGUGCUUGAUACAGAACCGGAAGAGUCUUUGGGGCCAAUUGAACCACCAUAUCCUAGUCCCCAAUUUCGAAGAAACUACACAAUCCUGAGAACGCAGUCGCGAGAAUCUUGGAAUGAUUGGGUCGAUCCUUUCUACUUGUAUCCUCAGUUACCAUUUGAUCCAGUUUUGCCAUCUGAGGCAAAGUUUCUGGGUUCCCAUAUGGGUUUUCGUCCAAUAGGAAAAGGAAGUGGAGGAGCAGGGAAGGAGUUUAGCGAGGCAUUGGGAGGGAACUAUCCUCGAGAACAAUUUACAAUUGUAAUGCUGACUUACGAACGCGAACAAGUAUUAAUGGAUUCACUGGGCCGUCUGUACGGUCUUCCAUAUCUUCAUAAAGUUGUCGUUGUAUGGAAUUCGCCAAAAUCACCUCUAGAUGAUCUUCGUUGGCCGGAUAUUGGAGUUCCCGUGUCUGUGGUUCGUGCACCGCGCAAUUCUCUUAACAAUCGAUUUCUUCCUUUCGAUGUAAUUGAAACUGAAGCUGUACUUUCUGUUGAUGAUGAUGCUCAUUUACGUCAUGAUGAAAUACUGUUUGGUUUUCGAGUUUGGAGAGAGCAUAGAGAUAGGGUGGUUGGAUUUCCUGGGCGUUUUCAUGCUUGGGAUUUGAACACUAAUCACAACUGGAAUUACAAUUCCAACUAUAGCUGUGAGCUUAGCAUGGUUUUAACCGGAGCUGCGUUUGUACACAAGUAUUACUUGUAUCUAUAUUCGUAUUAUCUACCCCAAGCUAUUCGCGAUAAGGUCGAUGAAUACAUGAAUUGUGAGGAUAUUGCUAUGAAUUUCUUGGUUUCGCACAUAACAAGGAAACCCCCGGUCAAAGUAACCUCAAGAUGGACCUUCCGCUGUCCUGGUUGUCCAGUAUCGUUGAGUGAAGAUGACACACAUUUUCAGGAGCGUCACAAAUGCAUCAAUUUUUUUACCCAGGUUUUCGGAUACACGCCUUUAUUGAAUACUCAAUAUCGGGCUGAUUCAAUACUUUUCAAAACGCGAAUACCACACGAUAAGCAAAAGUGUUUUAAGUAUAUAUAAAUGAAAAGUAUUCCUAAAGUAAUGUAAACAGAUACAAGUAGGUAGAUGCUGAAAGAAAAUCUAGUUGUAAAAGUCUUGGUCAUGAUUUGUUAUUUUAAUUUUAAAUAUAGUACCUAAUUAUUUUAAGCAUAAAGCAAGCAAACUAGUUUUGAUAAGCCAUAAAAUUAAUUUAUCAAAUAAAUGCAAUUUUUAGCGUAGUAAGAUUUAUUUUUAACUUCUGUAAUUUUUAGAUUUAAUUUUUAAAUCAGUCAAACUACACACAAGACGAUUGUAGAUUUGUAUGAUUUUAUUAAAUAAAAAAGAAAAUACUUAA